AUGGAGGAGCUUGAUUUUCGUUCAAAGACUUCAACUUCUCGCCUAAAGCUAUUUGGAUUCAACGUCGACGGAUCAGAGGAAGAAUUCUCUGAUCAAUCUGUGAAGACCAACCAAUCAUCCUUAUCGCCGGAGUCUAGGGAGUUUCCGGCGGGAUCCUCCGGAAGAAGUGGCGGUGGUGGACGAAGCCGAGGCGGAGGAGGAGAGCGUAAGUACGAGUGUCAGUACUGUUGUAGGGAGUUUGGUAACUCGCAAGCUUUGGGCGGUCACCAAAACGCUCACAAGAAAGAGCGUCAGCAACUCAAACGCGCUCAGCUUCAAGCUACACGAAACGCAGCCGCUAGUUAUUCCGCCGCUAAUUCGGCGUCUCCGUUUCUACGAAAUCCUAUAGUCUCCGCCUUUGCUCCUCCGCCUCAUCUUCUUUCUUCCGCCGUGUCUCCUCCGCAGGUGGGAAGUUCUUGGAUGUAUCUUCCACGUGUCUCUCCCUCUCAUCUCCACGUGUCGCAUGGCUGCGUGAUUCAGGAUGGUGCCGUUGCGGGUACGGGUGGGCUUUCGUAUGAUUCUGGAUUUGGGAUUGUUGGGCCUCAGAACAGACAUAAUCAGGCUUAUGGGCCGAGACCAUCUGUGAAUGGGUUUUCAAGAGAAGUGGGACCCACUUUUGAUGAUGGUUUAGGGUUGGAUUUGCAUCUAAGUCUUGCGCCUGCUGGUCAGUGA